UCCUGCAGGAGGCUAUAUUCUGAACAUCUGCAGAUGGGAGGAGAAAGAGUUUUAUCUGGUCCAAACUGCUCUUUUAGUUGAGUGCAACAUUUCCCUAAAGGAUUUGUAAUCCUGGAACACUCUUCAGUCUGAUGGCUCCCUGGUGGAAGUUAUUUUAAAUGAGGAAUAGGUCCAGCGCUGGUGGGGAGGAAGGAUGGCGCCCUCUAGUGACCAUUAUGUGUCGCUACAGUGACUAGUGUCUGCUUGAGCAGUUGUCACGGAAACGCCAUGAAACAAUACAGUUGCUGAGAUUUCAACUUCGCCGGCACUUCGUUCAUCCAGUUAUAGAGAUGUUUUAAUAAAGUCUAAUUUAACGUUAAUGUUAAUGUAUAUGUUGGUAUUGUAAUGUAUUGGUUGGAUUUUUAAUAACACGGAGACGCUAAAUGAUCAUGAGUCAGUCAGAAAAGAGCUGCUCUCCUCGACCCAGAGGCAAUGAAGACCAAAAUCACAUUGCCUUAGAGGAGUCCAUCUGUGCAUCAGUGCCCAAGUCUAAUUUACAGGAAGUAUAUACCAGCUCACUUUCGACCAGUUCGGCCCUCCAGUGCCUAGAGGAGCUUUUCUUGGUGGAUAUAAUUAGUGGAGAUAAAAUGGCUCAACUAAAGGCCACCUUCAAUUUGCUGCAUGACACUGUACGAAGCUCUCAGGAGUCUGAGCUGAAACUACUGCAGGAAGAGGCUUGUUUCCAUGCUGAGCUGAAGCUGCAGCAACAGGAGUUAGAGAAGGCUGAGCUGUUGGAUGAGGGCCAGGAUACGGAUAGAAGCUGCACAAGAAAACAACUUUUACAGUUUCACAACAAUCUCAGAGAGGCUGAAGAGCGAGAACACCAGAUACAGUACAAGCUGGAGUGUCUUCAGGUGGAAAAAAUGUGUCUCAAGAAGGAGUAUGAAAGCCAGGCAAAGUCUGAUGAGCAGGAAAACAGGUCCAAGGCUCUGAAGGAGAGCUGUGAGAAGAUGAAGAAGGAGAUCAUGCAGAGACAUCAGGAGAUCAGGACACUAACAGAGAGCAUCAAGUCAAGUGAUACACAGUUGCAGAAGGAGCAACAACAGCUGGAGAACAAAAUGGAAAUGAUCACAAGUAAAGAGGCUGAACUGGCUCAGCUGAUUUCCAUUCCUGGUCAACUGGGAAAAGAAAUUGAGAGGAUCAAUUGGAAAAUAAAAAUUGUACAGAAGCAGAAGGCCGAAUCUGAGAUGCAGCUGCUGGAGCUGGCAGAGAGCGUAAAACAGACACAGGUGUGCUGCAGGCAGCUGGAUGAAGGGUGCAGGAGCAUGAUGAAGAAGCUCAAGGAAUACAGGGCCCAACUGGAGAUGGCUCAGAGAGAGAGCAGCAUGCUACUUAAAGAACAGGAGAUGAUCAAAGAAGAGGAGGCUGUUCUCCUCCAACAAAGAGGCCUGCUGGAAAUCGACCUGAACCACACCAGGGAGGAGAAAAUGACCCUUCAUGACAGCCUUGUUAAGAAGGUGCGAGAAAAGGACCGGCUUCAGCGUAGAUUAAAAAACGCACAACUACAGCACAAAUUGUCUAAAGAUGCUUUGCUUCACACUGAGGAGCUCUACAACAGAACGAAGACCCAGAGGGAUAUAAUGCCUAAGGAUGAUGACUUGCUACAGAAAAUCCAUGAUCUGCAAUCAGAAGUAGACAACCUGAAACUAAAAGUAGCCCAUCAGCAGUCAGUUAUGGGUGAUGAGGCCAAUGUGUUUGAGCAGUGCACAGAGCAGAAACUGGCUCUGAUAAGGCAGUGUAAUCACCAUCAUGAUGAGUUACACCACCUUCAUGCCCUGACCCGAAUUAAAGCAGACGAGAGAGACCAGAAGAGCCGAGAGCUGCUCAAAGCUCAGAUGAGAUGCAACCAGAUUAAACAGGACAUCCGAGGUAAACAGCUACAGAUUUUGGAGCACAAAAAACAAUACCAGGAGUUUCAAUCAAGACACUGUGUUUUUGCCAAGCUGUAUGAUACCACCAAAGAGGAACGAAACAAAUGUGUAAACCUACUACAGAUUGCAACCCAGCGCAUCACCAAGAUGAAGGAGAAGUUUACAAUUCUGGAGAAUGAGAUUGAGAUUCUGCACAGCGAAAAAAUUAAGAAAGACAGGCUGCUGCAAAGGUCUCGUCUAAAGCAUGUACACAACCACACAAUCAGAGAUAGCUUGAGGAAUGACAUAUCCAAGGUGACCUGGAUGCUUCACGAGAUGCAACACAAGAGUGAAGAACAGAGACUAAAGAUUAUUAAACUUGGACAAGUGAUCAAUACCCAGGAACAAGACCUGCUGCAAAUGUGCAAGAACCACAAAACCUCUGUCCAGAGCCGCAAUGAUCGGGGUGUGCAACUCCUAGAAAGAGAGGAGGAAAUGUGUGUCUUCUAUGCAAAGCUAAAUGUGCAGGAGAAUCUCAUCUGUGAGGGGACGUUACAGUUACAGGCCCUAGAAGAAGAGAUCUGCUCUCUUAAGAUGCUUAUUAAUGAGGAGCAGAGGCAAAUCAGCUUGAGUAAAAAACAGGUGCCUUUCAAGAGACCGCUGGAGGAUGAGUGUGCCUUACUACAGCUACAGCUGUCUGAGUGUAAGGAACACAAUUUUUCUUUGGAGAAGACUCUCGAGGACCAGGUGACACAGAGGAGAUUGCAUAAACUGAGUGGUAAAGAUCCAUCUCCUCCUGAUCUUAUCAAAAAGAUUGAACAGUUGGAGAUGCAAUUGGCAGCAAAAGAGGCUCAGCUGCUGGAGAAAGAGCUGAUCUAUGAGCAGGUGACCCGACUGUCUCAGGACAUACGCACAAAGGCAGAUCAUGGUAAAAAGGGCACCCUCCGACUGGCCAAGAAAGUCAAUGAGUUCCAGGGCCGCAUUAAGGAGUGCACUAAGAAGCUGAUGGCUGUAGUGUCUGAGCUGGCCAUGCGUCAGACGCAGGUUCUGUGUCUGCAGCAGGAGCUUCAUGAGAAAGAGAUUGAGCUUGACUCGUGCCACAGAAGAGUGGAGAUGGGACUUGCACCGUCUGACACCCUGGAGCAGGAGUGGCUGCAGCAAAUGCGAGCUCAGCAGAAAUGCCAGAUGACUGAGGCAGAAGAAUGGAGUCAGCUCCCAAACGAAGUCUACACCACAGCAGAGUUGCGGCCCAAUUUCUACAUCCCAGUUGAAGACGCGCUCCCUCUCCCCAAACCCUAUGGAGCCCUGGCACCUUUUAAACCGAAUGAUCCUGGAACCAAUAUUCGGCACAUCCGUAAGCCUCAGCCCAAGCCCCUUGAGAUCUAGAGCCCCAUGUUACGCUCAUGUCCACAGCAUAUUCAUACAUACCGGCUUGAGUGCAUACUCAGAUAAAUUUAUUUUGUCAGAUUUGAGUAAAGUGAGAUUUGUCAAAGUUGCAAAACUAAACUGAGAAAGAAUUCUUUUGUUUUGUUUUGUUUGAGUCACAGGGGUAUUAAAAGUCACAAAUGGCAAACUAUUAUGCCAUAAUUGUUUUGCUUAGGUUUUUUUUUUUUUUUUUUUUGGCGAUUUUGAACUAUAACAUUUUAACUCCAUCUUCCACAGUGUUGUCACAAUGGAUCAGCAUGCAAUUGUGUUUGUGAAGUAAAUGUAAAUAACUAAUUUAGUUUCAAUAAUAUACUGGUUAAGUUUUUAUUAAAAAUAUAUCAAAUUAAUUUUUUUGUAGUGAGUCAUUAGCAGCAAACUGGAACAAGGAUUGUAAAAAGUUUUCAUAUUGUCUCUCAUGUAAUUAAAACACAAACCAUUUUUUCAUCAUUAGCCUUCUGCUCUACCAGUUUCAGUUUCACCUUUGCUAUAGAUAACAUUUUGUGCCUGAGGAAAAUAACUUGCCAGAAUAAAUAUUAGUCUAAAAAAGGUAUUGUGUUUUGCAGUGAAACCCAUUAUUUCCACAUCACCAUAAAAGUAUACAUCUACUCUGAUUUUUACCAGAAAGCUGUCUUUUUUCCAAUGAAAAAUGUUAUAAAUGCUUUUGAUUAGUUUCCCCAUGUGUGUUGGCCAAAGCAAGCUUUCACUAAAACUUAACUCUAAAUAAGAGUUCAUAUGAGGAAUUCAGAGAGUUCCUGGCAGAAAUGCACUUUAGGGAUCCAGAGCCGGUUUCGUGGAAAUUCAGAGGAAUAGAGCCUUUACUGUCACUCCCUUUUGCAUAGAAUUCACAUUUUUAUGAAGUGCAUGUUCUACAUGCUUACAAACUGUGUUUUAUAGGGAAGAACAGAUGCUUUACUUUGCACAACCUACUUCCUGUCAAUCACAGUGACGUUGAGAUUCAUCAGCAGCUUCCUUCAACU